UUCGGUAGUACAUUAAAAAGAUGAACAAAAAAGCGAACCGACUUGCUAAUAUUGUAUUUUCUUUUGUAGACUACGUUGCUGGAGGCGAGCUUUUCACUCAUCUGUAUCAAAGGGAACACUUUAACGAGAACGAAGUCAGGAUAUACAUAGCUGAAAUUAUAUUGGCUUUAGAGCAACUGCAUAAGCUCGGCAUAAUCUACCGGGACAUAAAGCUCGAGAACAUCCUCCUGGACGCUGAAGGUCACAUCGUGCUGACCGACUUCGGUCUCUCCAAGGAGUUCUGCGGCGGCGAGAGCAGGGCCUACUCCUUCUGCGGGACCAUCGAGUAUAUGGCUCCCGAGGUCGUCAGGAGCGGCAGCCAGGGACAUGAUAUUGCGGUCGAUUGGUGGUCCGUCGGCGUGCUGACAUACGAGCUGCUGACAGGAGCCUCUCCAUUCACAGUGGAAGGCGAGAAGAACACACAGCAGGAGAUCACGAAGAGGAUUGUGAGGUGCAGCUACCCCGUGCCGCCCGAUGUCAGUCCUGAAGUGCAGGACUUUAUUAGGAAAUUACUAGUGAAAGACCCGCGUCGUCGGCUCGGCGGUGGCGAGGGCGACGCUGAGGAACUCAAGAGGCAUCCGUUUUUCCAGAACCUGGACUGGGAAGGCGUCGCCAACCGCGAGGUGAAGGCUCCGUUCGUGCCAGUGCUGACGCACGCGGCCGACACGUGCAACUUCGCGGACGAGUUCACGCGCAUGCCGCCCACCGACUCGCCUGCGCAGGCGCCCAAGCAUCACGAUAAACUGUUCCUUGGUUACUCAUAUGUAGCGCCGAGUAUAUUGUUCUCCGAGAAUGUGAUAUCGGACCAGAUAUGGAUGCAAGCCACGGGACAGAAACACGACAAACUCAAAGGAUGGGUCGCUAAGGACUCACCGUUCUUCCAAAAGUACGCUGUGGAGCUGAGCACUCCGCUUCUAGGCGACGGCUCGUACUCCGUCUGCAGGAAGUGCAUCCACCGCCAGACCGGCAAGGAAUACGCCGUCAAAAUAAUCUCGACUCAAAAGAAAGACAUCAAGCAAGAGAUCGAGCUGCUGAAGGCGUGUCAGGGAUGCCCCUACAUCAUCACGCUGCACGAGGUCUUCCAUGAUUCUGCCUUCACGUACAUAGUGACGGAGCUGGCGGCGGGCGGCGAGCUGUCGGCGCAGCUGGCGGGCGCGCUGGAGGAGCGCGCGGCGCGGCGCCUGCUGGCGCAGCUGGCGCUGGCGCUGCGGCACAUGCACGCGCGCAGGGUCGUGCACAGGGACCUCAAGCCAGAGAACAUCCUACUAUCAAGCAGCCGCUUGAGCGAGGCUAAAGUCAAAGUAGUGGACUUCGGGUUCGCGCGCCGCACGCCCGACUGCGCCGAGGAGAGGCCGCGGAUGAUGACGCCUUGCUUCAGCUUACCGUACGCGGCCCCGGAGGUGGUGUCCCGCGCGCGCUCGGCGGCCGCGCCCGGCUACGGCCCGCAGUGCGACCUCUGGAGUCUGGGGGUCGUCUAUUACUACAUGCUAUGCGGCAAGGCGCCGUUCCAGCCUGUUUCCAAGAAGGAGCCCAUCACGUCCUUCAUGGACAGAAUCAGGACCGGGAACUUUACCAUGGAUGGUCCGAUCUGGGAGAAGAUCUCUACGGAGAGCAAGCGCAUCAUCCUGGGCCUGCUGGCGGUGGACCCGCUGCGGAGGUUCGGCACUGACGAGCUGCUGGCCGCGCUCGGCAUCAGCAUACCCGAGAAUAAUAGCUUUAAACUUGCUGACAUGACGAAAGCGGAUCUCUACAAGCGUCGCUACAAGAACAAGCAUCGGGAGUCUAGCGCGUCCGAGGCGGGCACCUCACAGUCAGACACCAACGACCAGGACACGCAGGAACACUCCCUACUAGACACCAUAAACACACUCAAGAAUAGAAUGAACAAGAACUCCAUAGAGAACGACGUCGAACUCAUCAAAGCGAACACUAUCGAAACCCCCGUUACGGAAGCAGCGGAACCAACCUACCCAGACAUGGACGACGACGUACCAACCGUCAAACCAGUAGAAAAGACAUACGCGAAAUCUAGAUCUAAGUUAGACGAUUACAUCUAUAUAGAAAGCAGUCAAGGUCUCGACGGCACAGAAGUCGCAUUCCCCAAAACUAGUCGCGCAAAGAAAUCCAAAUCCCCCGUACCAAGGAAACGCAGAAAAAUGGAGACCAGACAAGCUAAGAAGGAAGUCAACGGUAGCGGGGAUCGAGAACUCCGCAGUAAAGUAGAAACUACGGCUAAACGCGGCCGACCGAGGAAACAAGUGGAGAAACGAGUGCUCAGGAAUACCAGCGUUCCGGAUAAGACAAGGGCCACUAAAGAAUCUAUAGAAAACGAGAAGACCGUAGUGACCAGGGUGACUCGCAAGAGGAGGUACGAGGAGGUCACCAAGCCUGUCCUCAGGGAGAAAGGACAGAACGGAAGGUCAUCGCGUAAGAGCAGCCCCGAGCCUGCCGUGCCUGAGGAGAGGAAGGUGGUCCGCGCCAAGAGGAGCAAGACCGCGCCGCUGACGCUGGACCUGCAGGACCCGCAGAACGGGCGCAUGACGCGCUCGCGGCGGCGGCGGCUGGAGAUCAGUCUGUCGCCCUCCGAGGUCAAGGCCGUCAUCCCCGCCUUCUCCUUCGAGUCCGACCGCCGCGUCAACUCCAUCGAGAGCAACCGCUCGGCGAAAUCCAACGCCAAUACCAAAGUGAAACGCAAAGACAACGCCAAAGCUAAAGCGAAGCCCGCCAAGGCCAGCAAAGCUAAGAAGACGCCGCCGGGCCGCAGCACCCGCGCCCGCGCCAGCCGCAGGUGAAACCUCGUUCCUACCGUCUGACCGGAGACCCCACACCAGCGCCAUCUCUUAUCGUAAAUAGACAAUUCAUAGACUGUUGCGCCUCACGGCAACUAUAUACUAGUUUUAAAUUCCCCCCAAUAUGGCGUCAGCUAACCUCAAAUUCCAAAUGAGACAAAAUAGUGAUGCAAUAAAAUUAUGGACGCUUUGCUCACGCGUAGACAUAGACAACAGAGGAAAGAAAUUAUUUAUUCAACGAGAAAAAAGAGUAAGUUAUAUUUCUUUAAAUGUAGUUAGCCUCUGAUCUAGUUCGUGAAAAAAUAACGUUAGACCUGUUUUUAUUUUUUAAUCCUUUUAUUUAAUGUUACUAUUAAUUUUUAAGAUACUUUUUUCCCCUAUUAUUACCAUUAGAAAUAAUUCUUUGAAGUUGGUUAUUAUGUAUUUUUGAUUAGAAUAAUGAAAAAUAAUUAAUUAAUUGAAAAAAAUAGGUAAAUUGGUGUGAUUGAGCACUUUACAGUAGUUGAGUAUAAAAUUAUUUUGUGAAUUAUUAUAAUUUAUUAUUUUUUAGCGCUAAAAUAUCUUGCUUGUUUGUUUGUGAUGUGUUCAUAUGGGCGAGGGUACACUGCACCAUUGAAAACGAUUAAGUUCUCGAUUUAACCGUUUCGUAGUCGAUCGAUUCGCUCAUGUGUCUAAAUCUUUAGAGAGUAACACAAAAUUUCUUGUCUUCGUACAUCGUUUGUAAAGAUACAUUUUCAAAAUCCGUAACAGAUCUCUUUCCGUCAAAAUAUAAAAUAAAUUACUUCGUUUGUGUGUGUAUAUUUGUUUUCAUAGAGUAAUAGGUUAAAUUUGUAAAUGUUCCCUUCUAUAAUGUAAUAGACAUUUGUAUUACAAUUCUUUCUUCCACUUAGUAAAAAAUAUAAAAAAAAAAUUACUUAUUUAUGGUGAAAGUGCCAAAGCAUGCUUGAAAUUUUCCGCUUGUAAUAUUACGCGAACGAAAUUGUUUGUUGUUUUAAAUCACAUCUUUGACCUUACUUCCUUGUGUGGGUUGUGCAGAAGGUUUUAACUUUCCACGUCUAUUUCCGUAUGAAUUCAGGUCAUUCAAAUGUAAAUAUACCCACGUUAUAUCAAUGUAUGUUUUUGAACAGCUUAUCAAGCUAUAUGCCUGAGAUUAAUGCAUUUCUCAAUUCUUUUCUACACUUUAUGUUGUCUUUGAGAUUCGGUUUUAGCAAUUAAAACAAUAAAUCCCCUGUUAAUACCUCUCUGGACAACCAACGCUAUUUAUCUAAUUCUUUUGUCGUUUUAAGCGCUUUUACCAAAUAAAAAAACUAUUGUUUCCCGUUCACUUCCCUGUAAAUAUACUAUGAUAGCAUUUAGUACAAAUUCGGUGGAAGAGUUAAAAAAAUAUUAUUUAUAAUUAAAUUGAUGAUACAUAAUAGUUUCAAUUGUCAAACUUACAUGUUACUCUUGAAUCGUGAUACGAAAAGGCACUGAAUAUAUUAUAUUAGCUAAUUGAGGCCUGACUGCAUGUUUUAACUUAAAAAUUUUAGUUAACAAAUUGUUGCAGAGUAAGAAAUUUAUGUAAUAUUGUUAAAUUUUCAUGAUACAAGCUUGUUGAUUUCAAACUGUGUAUUCCGGCUGUUCGACCAAACCCAUAAGCAAUGGUACAAUAUAAUAAUUGUGUCUGUCUCUAUAUUUGUGUUUGUCAAAUUUGUAACGUAACGAAGCCGUUAAGUUUGAAAUUUUCAUGUGUUGACGAUACAAAAUUAGUAAAUGUUACUUAUACACCAUGCCUGAAUUCUGUUAUGUAUUAACUCAAAUGUAUAUGUAAACCCGACAUAAUAACCUACAAUUUAUUGAGUGCAGUACUUUCGCAGACCAGUAACGUAGAUUUUUUAUCAAUAUCAUAGGGAUUGGAUCUUCCAAAGUUUCGUUCAAUCCAGUACUUAGACGGUAGAUGUAGAUUUGAGCAUUCAAUAUUAUUGUGAAAGUACCCAACUCAAAUAGCAAUCCAUUCUAAGUAACCUUCUUCUUAAACAAAGAAGAAGAUAUAUAUUUAAAUAUAAAUAGUAAAUCAUUAAAUGAACUACUUGAAAAAUUAAGUUAUACAGACGAUUUUUCAUUAGUUUUAACGCUUUCUAAGCGAUAUUGAAGCUUUGUGCCGACGCGUAUUACGAUGUCACUUUUUUUCCGGAAAUUAUAAAUUUCCCCGAAUGCUUAACUCGAGUAGCCGAAACGACACGUAAAGUGGUAAAGUUUGUAAAAGUGCACUUAAAAUGGAUUGUACCAAAAGAUUAUAUAAUUUUAUAAUAAAGUUGUAGAAGUUAUUAAUGAUGUCGGCGUAAAACAAAUUUUGUAAGAAGUUACAUGGAUGCCGGCUGGAGAUAUUGGAUUGUAAUAAAUAUACCAUUUUAACAUUA